AUGGCUUCCGCUCUCUCUGCAUUUAGGAUUUCCAUGUCCAAAACGACUACUCUUCGUGCUAGCCGUUUCUCUUACCCCGCCACAUUCCUUUCAUCCCAUACAAACCGAAUCCUCUGCAACUCUUCGCGUUCUGUAUCUUCUUCUCCUUCUCCGUCUGAUAUUUCUUCUUCUUCGUUGAUGGAAACAAUUGAAAUCCAGAAGUGGAGACCCAUGUGCUUGUAUCACACUCACGGGAAGUGCACAAAGAUGGAUGAUCCUGCCCAUUUGGAAGCUUUCAACCAUGAUUGCUCCAAGGAACUCCAAGUGACCGCUGCUGAUCUUGAGAGAAAGAAAUCACAAGAAUUCAACUUUUUCUUGGUUCUUGACUUAGAGGGAAAAGUUGAGAUUCUUGAGUUUCCUGUUUUGAUCCUUGACGCCAAAACCAUGCAAGUCGUAGACUUGUUCCACAGGUUUGUAAGACCCACCAAAAUGAGCGAGAAAGCAAUUAACAAGUACAUCGAAGGCAAGUAUGGGGAAGUUGGUGUUGAUCGCGUGUGGCAUGACACAGCUAUUCCAUUCAAGCAAGUUGUUGAGGAGUUUGAAGGCUGGUUAGCUGAGCAUAGCUUGUGGGGUAAAGAAACAGAUGGGGCUCUGAACGAUGCAGCUUUUGUAACCUGUGGGAAUUGGGACAUAAAGACAAAGAUACCCGAGCAGUGCCUAGUGUCAGAUAUCAAUCUUCCGCAAUACUUUAUGGAGUGGAUUAAUCUCAAAGACGUCUACUUGAAUUUCUACGGACGUGAGGCCAGAGGAAUGGUGUCAAUGAUGAGACAAUGCGGAAUAAGGCUCAUGGGAAGUCACCAUCUGGGCAUUGACGACACAAAGAACAUCACGAGGGUGGUGCAACGGAUGCUCGCGGAUGGUGCAGUGUUCAAGAUCACAGCUCGAAGGAGCAAGUCCAAUUUGAGAAACGUCGAAUUUCUGUUCGAGAACCGGAUCAAGUGA